AUGGAUAAGGUCAAGGAAGCAGUCAACAAGGCCACCUCGAGCUCCGACAGCGAGAAGCAGUUCACCACGCAGCCCGUCCAGCACGGUAUUGACCCCAAGGUGGCUCCGCACCAAGCUCACCCGGGCCCAGCCUUGACCAAGGAUAUGCCAAGCGAGGAGGGCAGCAAGGCAGAGCGCGAGGCGAGAAAGAAGGAGUUGAAUGCAUAG